AUCCGUGACAGGGGGGCGUGACGUCACACCCCUCUGGGCAAGAUCGGCUAUUUAGGCUUGGCCGUAGUUCCAAGCUUAAGCGGUUCUUCAUGUCUGCUCUCAAGUUUGCAGUUUCUGCGCUGAACCGCGAGAAACCUCAUUCAUCUAUCACCGAUUGGGUGGACAUUCUCACCUCACCUUCAUAUAAUGAUGAGGCGUAUGAUGGAAUCCCGGAACUAUUAGAAUCAAUUGCGCUACAACCAACAGGGACUCCCGAAGCAUCCAGAGCAAUACGAAAGAAACUUAAGCAUGGAGAUGUACACCAUCAGUACCGUGCACUUGUCAUACUGAAAGCACUUGUCGACAAUGGUCCUCAGAAGUUUCAAACUACGUUUGCCGACGGCCAGCUAAUUGACGCCAUAAAGCAACUCGCAACUGAUCCAACGACGGAUCAGAAAGUUAAGAAGAAGCUCAUGGCCGUUCUUGCAGCAUGGCAUUCCCAAUUCAAAGAUGAUCCAUCAAUGUCCGUUGUUACAGGUCUCUUCAGACAAUGUCGUCCCGCAGAUCGUCGCAGCCAAGGAUACUCAAAUAGUGCAGAUCCACUCAGUCAUGGGCCAUCAUCUGACUACGAAAGGAAAAUGAAAGAGAGGGAUGAGAAAGAGCUGGCGAAACAACGAGCUAAGCAGGAAAAGCAAGAAGCGAAGCAAAGGGCGCGUAAAGCGGAGGAAGACGCAAGGAAGAAGAAGAGCCGGUCCCGCCAAGCUCCCUUCGACUUUGAAGUUGAGAAGCCGCAAAUACUGACAACCAUCGCUAACGCAAGUCAAGCGUCCAGUAACCUGGUGAAUGCCAUAAUGCUAGUGAAUGGCGAGAAAGAAAGCGUAGUUUCGAAUGAACGCGUGCAGGAGUGUCUCGGGAAGGCACGUGCCAUCCGUAAGCCUAUAGUGCGAUAUAUCCAACUCGUGGAGAACGAGGAAAUGAUCGGAGCGUUAAUUGAGACGAACGAGCGUAUUAUCACCGCCCUUCAAAUGUAUGUCAAUCUUUCAGCUCCCGGUCAGACGGCGCCGUUAGAUCCUACAGCGAAUAUACAAGCUGCAAUGGCGGCGACGCAUCUCAGCACAAAUAGUACAGGCGAACUGUCGGUUCAACAACGAGCAGCUGUAGAACAAUACAAGCAGCAGCUGCACGAUUAUGAGGAGCAAGAAAGCCGCGGGAAUUAUAUCCACGAAGAUCUUCAAGAUCCUAUCGGGAAAUUGCCCCCACCCAUGAGACCAACCGCACAUCGUAACAUUUCACCUGAUUCGGAGUGGGAUCAGGGUAGGGGAAGUCUCUCUGAUUUCAGCGACUACGAGAGCGAGGAAGAACAACCGAGAAACGUCACACACCAAACUGCGGCAUCUUCAAGCACGCGACAGUCGGAAAGAAUUGUGGAUGACGAGGACCCAUUCGCGGAUCCAUUUGCGGAUUGAUAUCGAGCUAUACCUGGAGUGAUCGCCACAGGGUAGGUAACAUAUCUUAUGUACAUGUAGUCAAUCUUUCGCCAUCUCUUGUAUUCCAGCCGGAUUCUUGUUAGAAUUAUAUGAUGAUACUAGGA